AUGACGGUGAUGAUGAGCAGAGAUUUUGAUCCUACUAAAUCAGUCCUGCGUGGCGGAGAAAGUCACGGGUGUAGAUCCAAGAGGAGUCCGAGCAAGCACCUGCGGGCAAGGAGCAACGGGGUGGAAGCUGCUUUAAUCCCAUCGGCAGAAGCGGAUGCAUCUGGCCGCUGCGCACCACUGCACGAAUGCACCGCGGAGAAUUUCUCCGGUCAGCCACAUCUCCGGCUGCGGGAUGACAGGCUCCCUCAGCCGGCCUGCAGGAGGCAGAGUAGCCCGCAGCAGCAGCAGCAGUGGGAGUUAAACCAAGACAGGUUACAGAUCUACCCUUGGAUGAGAAACUCAGGUGUGGAUCGGAGACGCGGGAGACAGACCUACACUCGCCACCAGACGCUGGAGCUCGAGAAGGAGUUCCACUUCAACCGGUACCUCACUAGACGGCGGAGGAUGGAGGUGGCGCAUGCGCUAUGUCUCACCGAGCGGCAGGUCAAGAUUUGGUUCCAGAACCGGAGGAUGAAGUGGAAGAAGGAGAAAAGGGUGACCGGAACAGAGUACCCUACAGCGGGUUUACAGGCGGCCGAGGAGGAGGAGGAGGAGGAAGAAGAAGAAGAGGAGGAGGAAUAG